AUGGGCUUCCCUCUCGCGAGCCUAGCUGCCGCGGCCUCGCCGCACGACGGCAUGCCGCUGCCUGAAGCUAUUUCUGGCAUCUUUGGCAGCAUCAGCAUGGCUUCAUGGAUUUGUCUCAUGUUGCCGCAAAUGUUUGCCAAUUACAAGGCCAAGAGCGCCGACGGCAUUAGCAUGACCUUUCUGUUUGUCUGGAUGCUCGGCGACAUAACCAAUCUUCUUGGCGCAUUUUUCACCCACCUCGCCCCGACCGCCAUUGCUCUCGCCUGCUACUUUUGCGUCGCCGACUGCGUCCUCAUCUCGCAGUGCCUGUAUUACAACAACCUCAACCGCCGAAAGGCCGCCCGCGCCGCCGCUGCUCACCACCACGCGACCGAGGACGCGCCGCUGCUGGCCCGACGCCGCAGCGAGGAGUCGCGCCGCCGUCGCGCGAGCCACUCCUCACAGACCAAGACGCACGUUGGUGACGACGUUCUCGACACGAAGCCCUGGGUACAGAACCUCGUCAGCCUGGUCGCUGUCUACGUCAUUGGCUUUCUUGGCUGGUUCAUCUCCUACAAGGCCGGCGCGUGGAAGUCGGAUCCCGCCCCGCCCUCGAACCCGGACGAGGAGAGGACGACGCUCGAGUUUAUCGGCCUGAUUUUGGGCUACGCCAGCGCCUUUUUUUACCUUGCUGCCCGUGUGCCUCAAAUCAUCAAAAACUACCGCGAAAAGUCGUGCGAGGGUCUCUCGCUGCUCUUCUUCCUCCUCUCGCUCACCGGAAACGCUACCUACGGCGCCAGCCUAGUCGCCUACUCCCAAGACACAAAGUAUCUGCUCAAUGCUGUGCCUUGGCUGCUUGGCUCGCUCGGCACCAUCUUCGAGGAUUCCCUCAUUUUUGUGCAGUUUCACAUUUACGCCAACAGCGCGCGCGUCUCCAACUCGUCGGUAUGA